AACAAAAGGGGGCAGGAUUAUAUUGAGAUACUAACAGAAGGGGGAAUGUGGAGUAUCAGGAAAAAGAUGAGAGAGAAAGUCACAAUAUCUUAUGACAAAUGGUGGUAUUACGUUUCUAGAUGUCUUAUUUUAUUUUUGGAUAAAGUGAUGUAAAUAUUUUUUUCAGAUUUAUAAAAUCCUAGAAAUGAAAGAUAAUUUAGUCCAACUCUUUUUAUAGACAAAGUGUUUUAUAAGUAAGUGACCCGUCCAAAUGGCACCAUUAAUCGACUGGUAGAACUGGAAAUCCAGACUCUGAUUUUUCUUUUUCUUAGUAUAUGCUUUAGUUUGUCACAUACACAAAAUGUUGAAUAAUGUUCUGAACAUUUGAAUUAUCACAAAUAUCUUUUUUUCUUUCUCAAUAGGUAGAAAACAGACCAAAGUAUUAUGGAAGAGAGUUUCAUGGCAUGAUCUCCCGAGAAGCAGCGGACCAGCUCCUAAGUGUGGCUGAGGGGAGCUACCUCAUCCGGGAGAGCCAGCGUCAGCCAGGGACCUACACUUUGGCUCUAAGAUUUGGAAGUCAAACCAGAAACUUCAGGCUCUACUACGAUGGAAAGCACUUUGUUGGGGAGAAGCGCUUUGAGUCCAUCCACGAUCUGGUGACUGAUGGAUUGAUUACUCUCUAUAUUGAAACCAAGGCAGCAGAAUACAUUGCCAAGAUGACGAUAAACCCAAUAUAUGAGCACAUAGGAUACACAACCUUAAACAGAGAGCCAGCAUACCAAAAACAUAUGCCAGUCCUGAAAGAGACACAUGAUGAUAAAGAUUCUACAGGCCAGGAUGGGGUAUCAGAAAAAAGGUUGACAUCACUUGUUAGAAGAGCAACUCUGAAAGAAAACGAGCAAAUUCCAAAAUAUGAAAAGGUUCACAAUUUCAAGGUCCAUACGUUCAGAGGGCCACACUGGUGUGAGUACUGUGCCAACUUCAUGUGGGGUCUCAUUGCUCAGGGAGUGAAAUGUGCAGAUUGUGGUUUGAAUGUUCAUAAGCAGUGUUCCAAGAUGGUCCCAAAUGACUGUAAGCCAGACUUGAAACAUGUCAAGAAGGUGUAUAGCUGUGACCUCACCACCCUGGUGAAAGCCCACAUCACCAAGCGGCCGAUGGUGGUGGACAUGUGCAUCAGGGAGAUCGAGUCCAGAGGUCUUAAUUCUGAAGGACUGUACCGAGUGUCAGGAUUUAGUGACCUCAUUGAAGACGUCAAGAUGGCUUUUGACAGAGAUGGUGAGAAAGCAGAUAUUUCUGUGAACGUGUAUGAAGACAUCAACAUCAUCACUGGUGCGCUGAAACUCUACUUCAGGGACUUGCCCAUCCCACUCAUCACGUACGACGCCUACCCAAAGUUUAUAGAGUCUGCCAAAAUUAUGGAUCCUGAUGAGCAAUUAGAAACCCUUCAUGAAGCACUGAAGCUGCUGCCGCCCGCCCACUGCGAAACCCUCCGGUACCUCAUGGCGCACCUGAAGAGAGUGACCCUCCAUGAAAAGGAGAAUCUUAUGAAUGCAGAAAACCUCGGGAUUGUUUUCGGCCCAACCCUUAUGAGAUCUCCAGAACUAGACGCAAUGGCUGCACUGAAUGAUAUACGAUAUCAGAGACUGGUGGUAGAGCUGCUUAUCAAAAAUGAAGACAUCUUAUUUUAGGUUUUUAGUUUGAGGGGGAAAAGAAAUGUUUUACAGAUGAAGGAAUGUUUUAUAGUAAUUUAAUUGGCUCUUAUAGCUGAAUUAUUCCUUGGUUAGAAGUUUGGGCAUAUAACCAGUUUAAAAUGAAGGAACUUUCCAUUUUUGUAGCACCGCUGAGCUGUCCUUGUAAAACUGAUCACGCGCUUUCCAGUCCUAGUAACCCUGGGUGUUUAUCAUGUUAAGAGAAACUCAGGCUAUUGCAUGAUUAGCCCCAUUUGGCAAGGGAGUCCAUACAAAGGAGACAGCAGCCUGCACCGCUCUUCGUCCUGGGUAGUCUGUGGUUGUAAUUUGGCAUGUUCGCAGAGUGAAUCUGUCGUGACUUCACUUGGGUUCUAUGUCAUUGGUUUCUGACGCUUACGUAGACAUGCACAUCAGUGGAUGACACAGCACCUGUGGCCGCUGCAUUGCCAUAGACUAUCACAUAUGCCUACUUUUCUCCAGUGCUUUAUUCCUGGGUUCUCUUAGUUCCUCUCUAACAUAGUGCUUUCCAGCAAAAAAGCAAAAUGUUUUCAGAUUUGUUACUUUAGUAAAUGAUCCGCACCAAUAAAAAAAUCCAAUGCAGAACA